GCGCCGCUCUGCCGCCGCCACGCGCCGCUGCUGCUGCGGGGCCGGAGUCUCGCGUGGGCGCCCCGGUAAGCACCCCGGCCUCGCCUGGGGCCCCGCUCCCCGCUGCCGCGGCAUGGCGUGGGCCGGGGCCCCCAGCCCCGCCAGUGCUCCCACCACCAGGCCCCAGAGUCCCAGUGCCCCCAGUCCCAGCCCCGCAGUGCACCGUCCCACUACUGCCCUCAGUCCCACCAGUCCCACCCCCCAGUGCGCCCAGUCCCACCAGUGCCCCAUCCCACCAGUGCCCCCAGUCCCACCAGUGCCCCCAGUGCAGCGCGGCCGGCUGACGGCAUCUCCCCGCAGCGGUGUCGCGGGGCGGCGCGGUGGGCGCCGGCGGCUGGUGGCGGCGCUGGGGCUGGGGCUGUCGCUGGCGGCGGGCGCCUGGUACGCGCGGGCGGAGCGGCAGGAGCGGCGCCAGCUGCGGCUCCGGCUGGACGGCGUCGGGCGCUUCGUCAGGUCGCUGGCGCUGGGGCUGCGCAUCUCGCUGGACUACUGGUGGACGGCGCACGUGGAGCUGCGGCGCGUGGACGAGGACAGCCCGGCGCACCGCGCGGCCAUGUCGGAGUGCCACCAGCGAGCGGCCGACAGCCUGGUGGGUGGCGCCAUCCGCAACGGCGGGCUCUACAUCAAGCUGGGCCAGGGGCUGUGCGCCUUCAACCACCUGCUGCCGCCCGAGUACAUCCGCACGCUGCGCACGCUGGAGGACCGUGCGCUGCAGCGCCGCUACGGCGAGGUGGACGAGCUGUUCCUGGAGGACUUCAAGGCCCCGCCUGACGCGCUCUUCCGGGAGUUCGACUACCAGCCGGUGGCCGCGGCCAGCCUGGCCCAGGUGCACCGGGCGCGGCUGCAGGAUGGCACCCCCGUGGCCGUGAAGGUGCAGUACAUCGACCUGCAGGAUCGGUUCGACAGCGACAUCCAGACGCUGGAGCUGCUCCUGCGCAUCGUGGAGUUCAUGCACCCCUCCUUCGGCUUCAGCUGGGUCCUCAAGGACCUGAAGGGGACGCUGGCGCAGGAGCUGGACUUCGAGAACGAGGGCCGCAACGCGGAGCGCUGCGCCCGGGACCUGCGGCGCUUCCCCUACGUCGUCGUGCCCAAGGUGCACUGGGACAGGUGCAGCAAGCGGGUGCUGACGGCUGAUUUCUGCGAGGGCUGCAAGAUCAACAGCGUGGAGGGCAUCCGGAGCCAGGGCCUGCAGCUCAAGGACGCUGCAGAGAAGCUAAUCCAGGUGUUCGCCGAGCAGAUCUUCUACACGGGCUUCAUCCACGCGGACCCACACCCGGGCAAUGUGUUGGUGCGAAAGGGCCCGGACGGGAAGGCGCAGCUGGUGCUGCUGGACCACGGCCUCUACGAGUUCCUCAGUGAGGGGGACCGAGCGGCGCUGUGCCAGCUGUGGCAAGCCAUCAUCCUGCGCAACGACGCGGCCAUGAAGGUGCACUCGGCUGCGCUCGGCGUCAAGGAUUACUUCCUGUUCUGCGAGCUGCUGCUGCAGCGGCCCCUGCACCCGGGGCAGCUGGCGUUAUCGAACCUGCUGACGCGGGAGGAGACGGCCUACAUGCAGGCCAUGGCUCAGCACCACUUCGACCGCAUCAUGGGGGUGCUCAAGGCCCUGCCGCGGCCCAUGCUGCUCGUCUUCCGCAACAUCAACACUGUGCGCAGCAUCAACGUGGCCCUGGGUGCCCCCGCCGACCGCUACUUCCUCAUGGCCAAGAGUGCCGUACGCAGCUGGAGCAGGCUGGUGGGGCAGAAGUCCUCGGGCAUCCGGGGCAGCACCCUCUUCCGCUGGCUGCGGGUGACUUGGGAGAGCCUCAAGUUUGAGGUGGCCCUCAGGGUGGAGACACUGUCCAUGAAGCUGACGGCCUCGUUCCUGCGCCUCCUCACCUCCCUGGGCUUCUUCCCCGAGAACGAGCAGAUCUACCAGUACCUGCAAGCCUAGCCAGGCCUCUGCUGUGGACUGACAGCUGGGGCAGGACCCUGGGGGACAGGGCAGCUGCUGGGGGCUUUGUCCCCCUCCCUUUGGAUACCAAUAAAACUCCCUGGUGCCUAUGGGCAUGCAAGAGCCA